UACAUUAGGUUUGAAGACAGUUUGUAUCUACCGGUAGAACUGUUAAGUAUUACAGAAGCUUAAAAUGACUCUUGGGGGAAGAGUCUUUUUAUUUUUCUUUUUUUUCUAUACCUUACCAAAUUUAUCAUUUGCUAAACCAGCUGACAUAGAAGGAAUUUGUCCAACAAUGAAAGUUGCUGGCAGUGUAACACAAACGGAACUUUUACAAGAAUUAACGCACGAUUGUCGUUACGACAAAAUGGCUAGACCACCCGGUCUAAUUAAUGCUUCCGAUCCCGUCAAAGUUUAUACAAGAGUUUACAUAUAUAUACUUAGAUCAAAUAUGGCUAAGACAUUGCAAUUUGGUGUAAAUAUGAUGUUACAAUUUCGAUAUGAAGAUCAACGAUUAGAAUUCUCAGAUCUUGCACCAAAUUUAACACAAAUCUAUGGUGGAAAAGUAGCACACGAUCUAAUUUGGACACCUUCCGUUUAUGUAGCUAAUGAACGAAGUUCUGCUUCUGUUGGAAAUAGUGUUAAAGAUUUGUUGAUCUCCAUUAAUCCAGCCGGAAUGGUUAUUUUGAAUACCAGAAUGGAAGCUAUCCUUAAUUGUGGACUACGUUUAGAAAAAUUUCCAUUUGACGUGCAGGAGUGCCCAUUGGCUUUCGAAAGCUGGACCUACAAUGUACAAGAUAUGGAACUGGUUUGGGACCAAGAACCAAUUGUGCUUGCUGAUGAGUUACAUUUAACUGAGUAUAAACUUGUUGAAAAAUGGGUUAAUCAUUCUCACGUAUCGUACACCACUGCUCAACAACAUUAUGGUCACUUUGCUGGUAAUUUCAGCUCAAUUACCAUAACAUUUAAAUUAGCUCGUGAAAUGGGAUUUUUCAUGAUGGAUUAUUAUAUACCAUCGAUAUUAAUCGUUGUCAUAUCUUGGGUAUCCUUUUGGUUACACAUGGAUGCAGGUCCUCCUCGAAUUGUUUUAGGAACAAAUACAAUAUUAACAUUCAUGACACUUGCAUCUAAAGUAGAAAAUUCAUUACCAAAAGUAUCUUACAUAAAAGCUAGUGAAAUAUGGUUUCUUGGUUGUACAAUAUUCUUAUUCGCAGCGAUGGUUGAAUUUGCUUUUGUAAAUACAAUUUAUAGAAGAAAAAAAAAUGUGCCAUUAAAAAAGGUAAACAGCAAGUAUAUAUUAAAAUCAACGUUAACGCCAAAAUUAGCGAGAAAACAGUUCCAAAAGAAUACGACAAGUUUAGAACGAUCACGUUCUUGGUCUUCACUUGAUAAUGGUAAUAUCAACGAACAAGAUUAUUCCAGUCAAAAUUACCUAACUGUACACAGCUUUCCAAGUACAAUCAAUAUACCUUCGGUAAAGAUCGAGGAAGAUAAGGAUCAAGAAUGUUCCGUGGGGAGCAUCAUGACGAUUGACAGUACACCACCACCACCACAACCACCACCGACCACGAAACCAUUUUCAAGAAGGCCAACCCUCUCACAAUUACACAAUUUCACAACAAUGACACCCCAAGAAAUAGCUCAAUGGAUAGACCGACGAAGUAGAAUAAUGGUUAUGCUAGAAGAAGUUAUUGGUGAAAAAUCAAAACGUUCAUUUCCACGGCAAUACCUUUUUGAUGUUGUUUUCGGGGAAGAUGCAACGCAGGAAGCCGUAUACGAAAGUACAACGAAAAAUUUGGUACAAGAUGUUCUCAAUGGUUAUAAUGCUACAGUAUUUGCUUAUGGAGCUACAGGAGCUGGAAAAACUCAUACCAUGGUUGGAACAUCGUCAGAACCGGGGAUCAUGGUUCGAGCUUUGAAUGAUAUUUUUCUGACUACCCGACAACUAUCGAACAACGUAGAAUUUACUGUUACUAUGUCUUAUGUAGAAAUAUACAACGAAAAUAUUCGUGACUUGUUGAACCCUAGUACAGGAUAUUUGGAAUUGCGUGAGGAUUCUCGAGGUCGCAACGUUCAAGUUUCGGGUCUUACGGAAGUCUCCACUAAUUCAACCGAGGAAGUCAUGCAACUCCUUCACAAAGGCAAUAAAGCAAGAAUGGUUGAGCCAACGGCUGCUAACGAAACUUCUUCGAGGAGUCACGCUCUUCUCAGUGUCACUGUUAGACAAUCAUCCUAUUCUGAUAGUGAACAACGUCAUCGAACUAAAGUGAAGCAGGGUAGACUAUUCAUGAUAGAUCUUGCUGGUUCGGAGAGAGCCAAACAAACUCAGAACAAAGGUAAACGUCUUCAAGAGGGUGGUCAUAUUAACAGAUCAUUAUUGGCAUUGAGUAACUGCAUCAAAGCUUUAUCCGGUGGUGCCAGAUUCGUUAAUUAUCGUGACUCUAAAUUGACCAGACUACUCAAAGAAGCACUUGGUGGUAACUGUCGCACAGUUAUGAUUGCUCAUGUCUCACCUGCAAGUAUACAUCGUGACGAGAGUAAGAACACCUUGAAUUAUGCGGACCGUGCUAAUAAAAUUUCUAACAAGGUGGAAAAAAAUGUUCUUGACGUUAGUUAUCUUCACGUUGCCCAAUACCGGGACAUUAUCAGUGAUCUGAAAAGUGAGAUUUCACGGUUAAGGAAUAAAAUGAAAGAAGAUAGACCUUCGGACAGAUAUGACGAAAAGCAACAGGAUGGUCACGGUUCUGAUUUUAGAACUUUGAGAGAAAAAAUAGUAUCCGCUUUUAAAGAACAAAUGCGUUUAAGGAGGAAGCUUAUGGAACUGGACAGUCAUCUUUUAGGAUUAAAUAUUGCUGCGGAACAACAGCACUCGAUAAUUUCUCAAUGGGAAUCAAGAAACAACAGAGUGUACGGAUCGAGUAGGGAUUCCGUACAUCGUCGUCCUGGAACUGAUUAUCAAGUAGAAGAAGUUGAUGAUAUAGAUCUUCUAGAGGACACUGAUCUCGAAGAUGAUUCAUUGGUACAACAAGCUUGGGCUGAAUUAACAGAAAUUGCUAAGGAACAGGAAAGAUAUGUUGAAAUGCGUGCAGCUACAGAAAAAGAACUGGAGUCUUGUAGAAAACGAAGUGUUGCGUUAGAAGAUGAACUACCAUCUCGCAUUAAUUCGGACGAAGAGCGUGAACUUUUAGCGUUGAUGUUAAAAGUCCACGAACUGGAAGCCGACAAAAUGAUGCUUCAAAGUGAAAGAUUAGUAAAACAACACGAACUUAGAAGACGAGAACUUUUACUUUUGCGUUAUGAUCGACAAAGACAAAUAUCUGAUGAGAUAAUCACGAGACAGAGACGUAUAAUGGAAGAUGGACGUUUGACUUUACCACCGGAUUUACAAAAUUUAUAUUUAUUAUAUCAACAAGAAAUCCAAACUGCAACAUACGUGGACAGUAAUCUAGCAGAUCUGACAUGUUCAUCUGUAGCAUUUGGAGCUAAACUUCCACCUAUAUCUAGUAGUCUGAGUUAUGAUACUUUUAAUAACGACAGCAGAAUACCAAGCAGUUCAACAGAUUCUGAUUGGGAUCAAUCACCCUUACCACCCAUUCAAGAACCACCUGACGUGGAAAGAGUAAUGGGUCCUGUAGUACAGCCUCUAAUCUCUCCAUCAGUUCUCUUCCCACCAAUUCCAUCUUCAAAUACAACGAGAAAUCCGAUUAGAAAACUCCGGCGUAUAUCCAGCGAUGAUAGCAUGGAUUCUGUAAGAUAUUCGCAAAGCAGCAAUAAUCGAUAUAACGCAUUAAAAAGGACAAACGAACGAGAAAAACCGAGCUGAAAUCGAAACUAAACUUUUGCGACUCUCGACGCCUUUCACGUGCCGUAUUAGAGAAUUUACGAAGUUGAACGUGUUCAAGAUCUGUCUCGUUGUCGUCCUGCUUGAUGAUUUCACUAAUAAUAGGUCUGACCGCUAUUCGACUACUUCGGAGUCUUCUACGAAGUAUUCUAGGAUCACUUUGAGGAUCUAUGGCCUCCCGGACUAUACUAAAGGCACGAUGUCUUUCUCGAGGACUCGUACUCGACGAAUAAUUUAGUUGUUUCCACUCAGACGAUUUCCAUGAAUUCGAUUCCUUCGACUUUUUCUCAGGAUGCUCCUUAUUAUCCACAACUCCCCUAGGUUCCGAUGGUAAUUCGUCCUUGAACUCGUUUUUCUUAUCAUCGUUCGUUUUCUAUGAAACGAUUAUAGAUCUAUUCUUUAACUUAACAAUUAUUUGUUUUUUUUACAAUAAUUAAUCUACAAACAAGUAACAUAUGUAUAUAUUAUUAAAAAAAAAUAUAUUUUUACUUCUUGAACGAGAGAAGAUUUAACGAUUGAAACGGUAUCUUCUUUGUGUUUGUCAUCACGUUCUACUUUCAAUUCAGGCAAUUCGAUCGUUUCGUCCUCGGUUUUCAAUUCGUAUGCUAACGCGUUAUCAUAGUUACUGGUCGUAAUAGUAUUUCUUGGCUCUAAGGGCGAAUUUUUAGCAUUCCAAUCGUUCAAUAACAUAUCCCAAUCCUUUUUUCUGUCUUUCCAAUAUGUCAUUGUCUGACCGAAUACCAAAUUGUCGGUACAAAGUGUACAAAGACCGAAGUACUAUACUAUCAAAGUUAAUUAAUAGAUAAUUAAAAAACAUUUGAGCUUAUAUGAUUUGCAUAUGGAAAAUUUUGCAUAUAAGACAAAUAUGCCUAUUUGAAGACGUUUUUCUUUUUUUUUUAAAUCUUACCGAUCGCGGUAUUGCAUCCGUUUCGAUGAUUUCGUAUUGACGAAACUCCUCCAUCUUAUUUACGAUUCCGUUUACAAUACUAUUAAUAUACAUUGUCAUUGCUUCUUGGCAUUUUCCAGUCAUAUGAACUGGAAAGGUUUGCUCCAAGUACCGCAAAAAGCUCGUUUCAAAAUUCUAAAGGAAAUAUUUAUUAUUUUAGAAAAUGGAAAUUUUACCAAUAUGUUUAUUUACCAAUAAAUUUUACCAAUGGUUGUGUGGAUUAGAUAAAAUAUACUUAUUUACAAAAUUAAUAAAGCGCGCGCAAAUUUUGUAAAAAUUGUC